AUGGAGAUCGAAAAGUCCGCCGCCGUCCACGACGAGGCCACUCCUCAUGCCUCUGGCCUCGUUGCCAGCGCCGAGGCACAGGCCGCCCUCGACAAGGAACACAGCAUGACUGCCCUGCAGGCCCUCAAGACCUAUCGCAAGGCCGUCGCCUGGUCCAUCCUCAUGUCCUGCGCCAUCAUCAUGGAAGGUUACGACGUCGUGCUCAUCGGUUCCUUCUUCGCCUACCCCGAAUUCAACAAGAAAUACGGCCAGCUCAUGUCCGACGGCACCUACGGUCUUGAAGCCAAAUGGCAAGCCGGCAUGACCAACGCCAUGAGCUGCGGUCAGAUUAUCGGUCUGUUCCUCAACGGUAUUGUCUCUGAGCGCUUCGGAUACCGCCGCACCCUCAUGGCCUGUCUCGCUGCCACCGUCGGCUUCGUCUUUAUCCUCUUCUUCGCCCCCAACGUCCAGGUCCUCGUUGUCGGCGAGCUCUUCAUGGGUAUUCCCCUCGGAGUGUACCAGACCCUGACCGUGACCUACGCCUCUGAAGUGUGCCCUGUCUCCCUGCGCGCGUACCUCACCACCUACGUCAACCUCUGCUGGGUGCUCGGCCAGCUCAUCGCCUCGGGCAUCCUCAAGGGUCUGCAGAGCCGCACGGACGAAUGGGCCUACAGGAUCCCCUUUGCCAUCCAAUGGGUGUGGCCCGUUCCCAUUUUCAUCGGCGUCUGGCUCGCCCCCGAGAGUCCGUGGUGGCUCAUCCGGAAAGACCGCCAACAAGACGCCAUCGAAUCGCUCAAGCGCCUCGCCGAUACCUCCUCGCCCCACUUCAACCCCCACGAAACCGUCUCAAUGAUCCAGUAUACAAAUGCCCUUGAGCAACAAGUUCAAACGGGAACAUCCUACUUCGACUGCUUCCGCGGCGUCGACCUCCGCCGGACCGAAAUCGCAUGCUGCGUCUGGGCCGCGCAGUCUCUCUGCGGCUCCGGUCUCAUGGGCUACUCGACCGUCUUCUACCAGCGCGCCGGCCUCGACGUCUCCAUGUCAUUCACCAUGUCGCUCAUCCAGUAUGCCAUCGGCGUAGUCGGAACCUUCGCCUCGUGGACAGCAAUGACAUAUUUCGGGCGCCGCACGCUCUACGUCGGCGGUCUCUCCUUGCUCGCCUGCAUCCUCAUGGUCAUGGGCUUCAUCAGUAUCCCCACAUCCUCCUCGGCCCUCUCCUGGGCAACCGGCUCCCUCCUCCUCGUGUACACAUUCGUCUACGACAGCACCGUCGGCCCCGUCUGCUUCAGUCUCGUCUCCGAAAUGCCGUCCACACGCCUGCGCACCAAGACCGUCGUCCUCGCCCGAAACACCUACAACAUCCUGAACCUGGUUACGGGAAUUAUUAUUCCUUACAUGCUGAACGUGGAUGCGUGGAACUGGCGUGGCAAGUCGGGCUUCUUCUGGGGUGGGCUGUGCAUCAUGUGUCUUACCUGGUCGUUCUUCCGGCUUCCCGAGCCCAAGGGGCGCUCCUAUGCGGAGCUGGAUAUUCUGUUUGAGCGCAAGGUCCGCACGAGGCAGUUCAAGACGGCCGAGACGGGGCUUGUUGAAGGUGCCCCGCAGGAGAAGGGGGAGCCCAUGGCUUAG